UUUGUCCCUUGCUUCCCAAGUUGUGCAGAUUCUGUGCAGGCUAAAUGGGAGAGCAGAGGGGAGGAGACUCUGAUGAAGGAGGAGGGGAGAGGGCCUGGGCAGCCGCUCUCUCCUUAAGAAUAUAAGGCAGGAAACAAAGGGUGAGCUGCACAUGGAGAGCAGGGGCACCUGGCCCUUCAAUAGACUGCCCCGAACGCGGCUUAAUCCGCGCGGAAAAGUCUGGGAAUGAGAGCUGGGGGUGGCUCGGGGCGGCUCCCAGCAGCCAGGUCUGUUUUGUUAGCCGGAGCCAGGCGGCCCAAGCGAAUAAAGCCCCGGAGCUGGUGAUGGAUGAGCAUGGAAAAUCCUUUGCAACUUGUUAACUCCUUUGCAACUUGGCCGUGUCCUUGCCUUUCACACACGGGCAACUGUGACAGAGCCUCAUUCGGGAGCCCGGAUCAAUCCAACUCUCAGCGUCACUGCCUGGGGGGAUGUUACAGAGCAGAGCUUGGGGUUUGCAGCUUUAUACCAAAAUGGCCCUCUUUGUGCAAAACCAGGAGUGCAGGAGGAGCAGAAGGAGUGCUUUUCCUUUGGGCCAAGCUUCCCCAGGAAGAGACAGGACUCUCAGUCAUUUCAGCCCCAGUGGGAAGAAGUUCCGGAGCAAACCUCAGCUGGCGCGUUACCUGGGCAGCUCCAUGGACCUGGGCACCUUUGACUUCCGCACGGGGAAAAUGCUGAUGAACAAAAUGAACAAGAACAGGCAGAGGAUGCGCUACGACUGCUCCAACCAAGCCAAAGGCAAGCCUGAUUUGAACACUGCCCUGCCUGUGAGACAGACAGCCUCUAUCUUCAAACAGCCUGUCACAAAGAUCACAAACCACCCUAGCAACAAGGUGAAGAGUGACCCCCAGAAAGCUGUGGACCAACCCAGGCAGCUCUUUUGGGAGAAGAAGCUGAGUGGACUGAAUGCCUUUGACAUUGCAGAGGAGCUGGUGAAGACAAUGGACCUUCCCAAAGGCUUGCAAGGGGUUGGUCCAGGCUGCACAGAUGAGACUCUGCUCUCUGCCAUCGCCAGUGCCCUGCACACCAGCACCAUGCCCAUCACUGGCCAGCUCUCUGCAGCCGUGGAGAAGAACCCUGGGGUCUGGCUGAACACCUCCCAGCCUCUCUGCAAAGCCUUCAUGGUGACAGAUGAAGAUAUCAGGAAGCAGGAGGAGCUGGUGCAGCAGGUGAGGAAGAGGCUGGAGGAGGCCCUGAUGGCUGACAUGCUGGCCCACGUGGAGGAGAUCGCCAGGGAUGGGGAUCCUCCCUCGGAGAAAGAAGGAGCAGAGGAGGAAGGAGAAGAGGAAGAGGAGGAGGAGGAGCAGGACCAUGACCAGGAGAUGGAAAAUGUAUAGUCCAGGAAGUUCCAUCUAAGAAUUCCCAGUAAAAACCCAUUCAGCAGGGUCAGCACAACCAUUCACAGAGCCAAGAGUGCACCACCAGUCCACCUGUACCCCAGAGCCUUUGGAUGGACUUCAGGAAACGUGGAAGCUGAUGGUUCAUUCAUUGCUGGGGAGUUUUGCAGAUGGAACUUGACUAAACUCUACUCCCCUUCCUUUUUCUAAUGGGAUAGGGUGAUUGGGCAUGCAGAAGUGGGAGGGGAUAAAGGAAUAUCACAUGGUGGGAGGGAUAUCCUAGGAACUGAAUUUGCUGGCUUUUAUUAUUUUAUUUUUUUUUGGUAUUACUUUUUGUGGGUCGGUGCUGGGUGAUACAUUUUUAAGCUUUUCUAUUGAAGUACUUUUAAUGACCCACAGAAAUUUUUUCUCUAACCCAAGGGAGGGAGAUGCUGUUUCAUUCCUUGGCUACUCUGCUGUGGGCUACCUGUUUGUACCUGACUGUAGGGAGGUCAUUUCAUGUUGUGAAUGGUUCAUUCCAUGUGUGAAUUGCAGUCACUGAAUUACCAUUUCCUCACAAGACCACAUUGGUCUUGGAAGUGUAGUCUCAGAGCUGAGCUGCCAGUGCCUCUCCCACCUGAGCUUGGGUGAGGAGGAGAAGCUGCACUCGAGGACUUGGGCUGCCAGCUCUGGGAAUUGGGGAUUUGGGUUAUUCCACACCACGGUUUGGAUACAGAGGUCUGUGUGUCCAGACAUUCUGAACAGAAGCUUGGAGGCAAGUAUACCCAACCUGAGGUAUAUUUUACUUUGGUUUAAGUCCAGUCAGAAGGACUUUCUCAACUGGGGAUGGAAGGAUGACUCAUUUCUGACUGAUAAUGAGGAAAACUUCCUCCUUUUUCUCUUCUGGUGCCAAGAACCUGCCCUCUGUUCCUCAGUGUGGAGGGAAGGGGAUCCAUUCCAACAGGUGUGACUACACACCUGCUUUUGUGUGCAGUAAUGUUCUGACCUCUUAAAAAAAAAAAGAAAGGAAAAAGGUUGAUUUUUCUAUAAUUGAUAUCUAAAAAAUGAAUUUAAAGCUUUUUAUUAAGUAUUGAAUCUUUCUUAUUUGCAUGUGCAGUGAAGUGACCAGCAUUUCGUGUCAAAAAUUGGACUGAUGUGAAACCUGCCUUAAUGUGUUCAUAAGUAUUCAGCUUCACCAUGGGUACCUUGAUUGAUUCCUCAGUCUCAUCCAGUACCUCUUUGAGCAUAUUGGCAUAACUUGUGGCUAAAAAUGGAUAUCUCUGGGAAGGGAGACAAGGGGAGGAAAGGAAGAUGAGAGUUGAUAGCUUGGGGAAUGUGUUGACUGGGUUGCAAAAAUUAUUUUCAUCUUAGGGUAUCCAUUGCAUAAUCCAUACGUGGCCGUCUCGGCUGAGAGAACACUACAGAGUGGUGGAUUAAAUAUUGUGCCACCAACCAAUUGUAUAAGUUGUUGGUAUCCCAAAACUUGGGGAAGAAAGUAGCUCCCAGAGCCUUUAUUGUGUGAGAAAGAUUAGCAGGGACAGCCAGGGGCCAGGGAAUUGCCUUUGGGAGUAGUGCAGCUUAGUGAUCCCUGAAAAAUAUCCCAUGCCAAAGUGAUUGAUCCUUUAUUCACUCCUUUCUUAAAGGCUUGAAAACACAAAAUUGGUUGAUAUUGCUCAUUUUGAGUACUGCAAGGAGGCUGAAUUGUACUUUGCUGCUGCUCUGCCAGGUGCUGCUUUGGGGAGUUUUACCUGGCACUGCAGGCAGUGACCAUUAUUUUCCUUUCUGAACAGUCUGUUACAGUUACUACUCUGUAAACCUGUCCUCUUGUAAGUCACGGUGAUGAAUUAAAUGUUUCUCACAAAGAA